CCUUUCAUAGAUGAAGAGCGUCUUCUUACGGAAACGAGGAAGCUCGAAAAUGAACUGAAUGAAGACGAGAAAAUUAGGAAUCUGCAGUCCCUUGAGUUGCUGUUCGUGAGACGCACAAACGAAAUGAACGAACAAAUUUUGUUCGGCGGAGAUAGUGCUGCGCCUGCACAAUCGGACAAGAUUGAGGAUGCAAUAAUGAUUGAUAGUACUAUUGAGGGAGUUAAAGGUAAUUUGCAUCUGCUGCGCGAACGUCUAACCGAACCCGAUAACGAUAACAAUGGGGAGUAUUAUUCCGAAAAUAUUUUAUGUAUUUUCUACGAGGUAUAUGAAGGACUUCAUCACCUUCCUCGCCUUCUUGAAGGUGUAAAUAUUCCACGAAAGAGAGUAGCCAGACAGUUUGUGGAGCCCAAUCUUUGGCACAGUUCCGGGUUUCAGAAAGGGGAAUCUAGUUCACAAACUCGAAGAAUGGCUAAAGAAGAAACGAGUUUGAGUUUUCGCCCUAACUAUGGAACUAAGGGUUACAAUCAGCCAUGUGAACAUAACCAGAGAUCGAUCGAGAGGCCUUCAUCUUCAAGGAGAGAUGAUUAUGGAGGCACUGGAAAAUCGAGCAAUAAAACUCGCCAGGUGGACAGCAAAUUUUGGAGUUCAGGAAAUGGUUCAACCCACAAUCCAAGUGAUGGUGAUUGGAGGUCGAAUAAAACGUCGAGAGCUGACCGUGAUGCCAGCUGGCGGAAAACUACCUAGACAACUCCGGAUGCAAAUGAAUCUUUUUUUUUUUUUCGAACAAUGCUUGGUUAAAUAUUUAUUAUUCAGUGAUAUUGCUUUUUUAAGGUUGUUUUGUCGUCGUAGGUUGAAAAGAAUUCUGUGCCGUUUGGUUAAUGAUUCGCUGGCAAUGUUAUUUAGAAUCUUUGAACUUCAAUUGUGUUGGGAUUACAGGAAUUUGAUUGGAUUUCUUCUUGGCUAA